AACAACAGUACACUCGACACGAUGUCGUCCACGUUCAACGGCGACGAGCUCGCCCCCUUUCUGGGCUUCAUCGGCGCCGCCUCCGCGCUCGUCUUCUCCUGCAUGGGCGCGGCGUACGGCACGGCCAAGAGCGGCGUCGGGGUGGCGCACAUGGGCGUCAUGCGCCCGGAGCUGGUCACCAAGUCCAUCGUCCCCGUCGUCAUGGCCGGCGUCCUCGGCAUCUACGGCCUCAUCGUCGCCGUCAUGGUCACCUCCGCCAUCAACCCCCUCGCCAAGCCCUACUACCUCUUCGACGGCUACGUGCACCUCGCCUCCGGACUCUCCUGCGGCAUCUCCUGCCUCGCCUCCGGCAUGGCCAUCGGCAUCGUCGGCGACGCCGGAGUCAGGGCCAACGCGCAGCAGCCCAAGCUGUUCGUCGGCAUGAUCCUCAUCCUCAUCUUCGCCGAAGCUCUCGGACUCUACGGUCUCAUCGUUGGAAUCCUACUCUCCUCGCGCGCCGGCCAAUCUCGUGCAAAUUAG